GACAACCUAUCUCAUUCCUUUUCUCGAUUAGAUCAAAUUGAAAGUGAUUUAGUCACUUUUAAUGAUCGUCAAUCGAAAACAGAAUACAAUUUGAAACAAGUAACAAAUACAGUAAAUGAUACUGAAGAAAAAUCAGAGAAACUUGAGAAGGAAAUAAUGAUGUAUAAGGAGAUUAUCUAUGAAACAAAACAAGGCUUAGCAGAUCUUGAAGAACAUCUUCGAGUCCAACGACAGUUCAAUAUGAUAACAAAUAUUCGGGGACAUUUGAUAUGGAAGAUAAACCAUUAUUCUAGGAAACUUAAAGAUGCCAAAGAAUCAGAUGUCCCACUGAAAAGCCCAAUUUUUUCUAACAAACAUUACGGUUAUGCUUUGCGUCUUGAUGUGCAUUUAAAUGGAAUUGGAACAUGGAAGAACCGCAACUUAAUAGCAUGUCUUACUGUUGUGAAUGGAGAUUUUGAUACACUUCUUCCAUGGCCAUGCAAACUUAAGGCUGACAUCAUUUUGAGAGAUCAACCAGACGACUUGAAUGAUGCUGUUGACAUCACAAAAUUAGUGAUAACAAAAAAACGUAACGACAGAUUGGAAUACCAAAAUCAGUUUAUUCACAUUCCCCAUCAGAUUGUUAACAGCGGAAAUUACAUCAAAAACGAUUCUAUAAUAAUGGAAGUGAAAAUUCAAAAAACUUAUGAAGGAGUUGCCUUGAGAGCCUCAACACCCAAAUCUACUACGCCAACAAUAAUAUAAAUUAAUAUAUGUAUUAUUUCAAGGAUGUUUUUAUGUUAUAUAGUGGAACUUCGAUAAACAGCUACUUCGAUAAACAGAUAAACCUUGAUAAACAGAUAUUUUUUUGUCCCCUUGAAUCGAAUUUGUAUGAAAAAUUGCCUCGAUUAACUGAUACCUCGAUUAACUGAUGCACCUUCAGUCAUCUGUUUAUCGAAGUUCAACUGUAGUAGAUAAUGCGACUAGAUAUGAAAAGUUAUUUUUUCCUUGCAAAGCUCAAUAUGAUUUGAAUCGCUGCAGCGCGCUGUUAAACUGUUUAAGUGAAAUAAAAUCAAAAAAAAAACAUUAAUAAAAUAUCAAAUUUUUUCAUUAUCCACAA